AUGGGGCCGCGAGGCUUUACAAACCCGGCUCCUAAGACCGAAUCGGCGCGUUCAGCUCUAAGCUCUUUCACCUGUAUUCUUUGCAAUAAGUCAUAUUCUCGUCACCCUGAGUAUGAAGCCCAUAUAGGGUCUUACGACCACCAGCAUCGCAAACGCCUUCAAGAUCUGAAGCAACUCUCUCGGGAUCCGAAUGCAGCGGAAAAGGCCAGGCGAGCCGAGAAAAAGGCCGAUGCGGAAGCGGGGCUGAGGGUCCUUGAUACUGGGAAAUUAGGCCCUGCCUCAAGCAUAGGAGGUAGCGGGGGCGGUGGUGGUUUCAAGAAAGGAGGCUUCAAAAGCUCCUUUACUACUGUUAAGGGCCCCAUUGCUCCUGGUGCGCCGACGAAAAAGAAUGUGCUAGGGGAUGACGAUGACGGAAGGGAUGAUACAUCGGCCAUGAAGGAGGCAAGUGACACCGCCCAUCUCAAAUCUGGGGAUUCUCCUAGUAUCUUACAAGAACAAGGGGAGAGUGACACGGAUGAAGAGUAUAUGACUGAUACUGUGGGUGGGAGAUACUAUGAUCCCCGGAGACCAACAGACUGUUUCACUGAAUGUAUUGGAAUCAAUCAUGCUCAGGCUCAGGCCGCGAACGCCUGA